AUGAAUCAACACCCCAUAUAUAUGACUGCGAGCAGUCCUCGAGAUGAUCGGCAUCUGGAUAACUUAUCGUCCGAUACCAGUGGCCCUACUUUCCAAGCCCUGGGAUCUUUUCAUCCCCAGACUACUACUUAUUAUUCUCCCGCUCCCACAACUUUCCAUGUGACGACGCCAUAUGGACAAGAUAGAAAGGACUAUUUAUCUUCAAUACAUGGUUUAACGCCGGUUCGGUUACCCGAUCUAUCCUCCUCUCUUUCUGGGAACAAUUCAUCCGAAAUGAUGUCUACCCUCGGAACAUUAAAGGAGCAUCCAGCUGCUGUUCAAGCUGACCAAAUGAAUGCAUAUAUGGAAUUUUUUGUCGAUCCAGAACAAAGUACUUCUGGUCAAGUUCAUGAAGAUAGCAUAGUAAUAGAUGAUGACUUGGGCCAUCAUCACUCCCAGCUUCUUGUGACUGAUAAAAUUAUGUUAGAUUCUCUCAGUGAUGAAUCGAUAUUGGAAGGUCUUGGAGGAAGUAAAAGAAGGGUAGAAAUGCUAAAGAAACGAAGACAGAGCGAUAAGGAGAGGAAAGAGCUUGAAGAUCUUCUACGGGAAUCAAAUGACAUUGAUCAGGAUCCUGAUACUAUUGAACGUGUUCGAACUGCCCAAGCCAGAGCUCGUCGAGCAGAAGCCGCUCGAUCUAGGUAUCAGAGAAUGUCCGAAGCAGAGAGAAAGAAUUUCAACCAGAGGAGGCGUUUAAAAGCUUUAGGAAUAGAUCCCGAUAGUCCAAAAGCCUUACAAGACCCUGAUGUUGUCAAAGAUAGCAUACGGCUCGCCAACGCCAAGAAAGCAGAAGCCGCACGACUGAGAUAUCACAGAAUGUCACCUGAAGAACGCCGUGAAUAUAAUCAACGGCGAACGGAGUCUUUCAGACGCCGUAGAAUGGAAGAAGAAAUCUUAUUAUCCACACCCGCAGGUCGUAUUUCGGCUGAAGCUUUGGCCAAAGCACAGCAAAUUAUGAUUAGAAACGCUCGAAAAGCGGAAGCUGCUCGAGCAAGAUAUCAGCGAAUGACUCCUGAAGAAAGGAAGCAGUAUAAUAUACGGAGAGCGCAGUCUAAGAAAGCCAGAAAUCGCGCUUUAUCGGAAGCUAGAGCUGCUGCUGUUGCGGCUGCCGCUGCUUCAAAUGAUUGCGAUUUGAGUGCUUCAUUUCUGGGAAUAGGCUCGACUCUGCAUUCUUCUCUAAACACGCAAUUCCCCUCUGAACCUCCCGCUAACAUUCUAGAGGGUUUGGGACCAGACCCAACUCCACCAGCUUCAGUUCCCGCUCAAGUCGCUUCAGCCAACAGCGAUCCUGUGUCUUCACCGAGUUCAAUUUCAACUACUGUCGAUAUCAAGCCAUGCUUAACACCAACAACUUCUACUCAUCCUUCUCCAAUUCCACCUAAAGAUACAACGUCUGAUGAUAUUUUCCAACAGAUGGAACGAGAUGUUAUGAAGAGGACAAAACAGGCUCAUCUUACGUUAGCAAAACAAAGAUAUUUGACUUCAUCUUCUGGUCCUGCUAUUCCGUCUACUGCAUCUUCUGGAAAUGCCAUGAAUAAUGUGUCUUUAUCCAGUACGCCCUUAUCGGGCAGUUCUGGAAUGCAUGAUCAUAACAUGUCAGGCGAUCAGCAUUUGCUUGAUGACUCUCAGUUACAGCAGUUUUCUCACAGUCAACAAAUUAUGAUUGAUGAGAAACUAUUGAGACAGAUUCUGAUAACUGGCAGAGAUCAAAACGGACAAGAUGUCGAAUUACGAACUAUGGAUGGCCGAAUAAUUCGGGAAGAAGGCGAACUGAAUGCACUCGGGAGAGGAACACCAAUUCUCAUUCAUCCUCGACAGAGUACGCCAAUAAGCAUGAGCCAAUCAUUUUCUAAUCAUAUGGGCCCAUCCACCUCCGGACAAUCAAAUAUUUAUUCACAUUCUACUUCAUCUAAUCAAUAUAGAACCAGUGAGGGACCUUCAUCUACACCUAAUUCACUCGAUAAACAAGCUUUGGCUAAAGCUAGAAGAGCUGAACGCGCCAGGAUAAGAUAUCACAGUAUGCUUCCUGAAGUUCGUCAAGAGCAGAACGCUCGAAGAGCAGACCUACUCCGAAAGUCUCGACAACGAGAUGAACAACUUGUGCAGUUAGCUGAGACGGUCGAUGUCAAUUCGUUACAACCAGAAACGAGACAAGCUAUUGUGGAUGCUCAAACUAGGCGAGCUAGAAGAGCAGAACAAGCACGUGCCAAAUAUCAUCGAAUGAAUAGCGAAGAAAGGCGCCAAUACAAUGCAAUGCGUGAUGCUCAACGAAGACAAAGAAAACGACAGCAGGAAACGAGAGUUCGAGAACCAAAUUCGUCCUCUUCAGCUGUUUCAGGAGGUGGCAAUGAUAAUCAAAUCAAUAACAUGGGAGAUGCUUCUAUUAGCAAUACCAGUAACGCGUCAUUAUCACCUCAUCGUCAAGGCCAUUCAGACGAUGGAGUUGUCCGAGAGCAGCAAAUUAUAUAUACUACGUAUGAUAUAUACGAUGAUUAUAAGCCUUUAUCUAGUUGGGAUCAUUAG